AUGUAUUCGCAUCUCAACAACAGCAUAUAUGCAUUCCUCUUUGACUCUAUUAUAAAUUCAUAUCUGAUAUCCUACUGUGGGCUCAAUCCAUUCACAUCCAACUCAACUUCAGGAAACUCGGCUACCGAACCAGCACAGAUUGGUCUCGUCGUAUCAUCAUACUGUGACUACUUUGCCUCCGUUGCUUUCCCGGAUGUACUUGAUUUAGGACUCUGUGUUAUUAAGCUGGGAAAAUCUAGCGUGAUGUAUGAGGUUGGAGUUUUUAAACGGGGUGAAGAAGCUGUGAAGGUUGUCGGCGGAUUCACCCAUGUGUUUGUUCAGAAAAAGGACAUGAAACCUACCUCGGCUGGUAUGAAUGCAGCAAUUCGCAAGGGGCUGGAGAGGUUACUAGUUGAAGGAAAAAGUGAAAUUGCAAAGUUGUAG